UCAGCAUCCAUCAUCGACACAUCUGAUCACAUACACAAGAAGCAGUGAUGAGUCCGUGUGCGUCCGUGUGUGUGCAUCGUGCUGACCAUCCAGUACAUGCUCGCGGACGCUCUCUUCGUAGGGGGAGAAAUGGCACACGCCCUUCUCGUAAUAUAUUCUCGCACCAACGCACGUACAGGAACUGAAACACAACACACAUGCAGUGCAGGGAGAGAUAGAUGUCUGUGCUGUCCUUCUUACGGCUUCGAUGUGGUCGAAUCCGCACACGAAACACGUGAAGUUGCCCGUCUGCCCGUGCAGGUUGCGAAUGCGGGUAAGGAACUCUUUCGUGAUGUCACACGGACCAGCAGGAACGUACGACUGAAACGCUUGAGCACACACAGACAUCCACACAUCACAAUAUACACAGGUAUGCAUCGCGUCCUCUUGCUUCUGACCUUGUGGUCUCUGUGCUGACCGCAGAACACCUCCCCGCAGUACUUGCACCAACGCACCUUGCCUUCCUGCACCUCUUUGCCGCACCCAAACCACCCACACACCCGCGGCUCCUUCUUGCCCGUCCAGAAGUUGACGGUCUGCUCAGGCUUGGCCGAAAACCGCGUCUUGAGCUCCUCCAGCCCCUUGAGGAUGAUGUCGCUGAGCACCUUCUCCUUGAGGAUCGUGAAUGUGAGGGGUCAGAUGCGGGGAAGGUCGAAACGAAGGUGCUUGAAGGCCUCGAUGGUCAGGGUGCGGUUGUCGAGCUUGGCAAAGAGCUUGGCCGUCUGCCAUGGGUCUGUGGUGGUGACUGAAAGCAUUGGUGCGAUGAAUGAAUGGAAACCACAUCAGCUUGUUUUACGCUUACCCUACCCUGCGCACGUGCAUGCGCAGGGGUGCGCACGCAGACAUUCAU